UCGUCGCAUAAACGGCAGGGCUUCUUCAGCGCAAUACAUACGCGUCCUCUUGAUGCAACCCCCAGAUACAAUUACGUUUUCACACAAACCAGCGACCCCACCCACCCAUCCAGUCAUCCAUCCAUCCAUCCAUCCAUCCAUCCAUCCAUCCAUCCCCCUCAAGUUGACAAGUCCCCUCCAAGCACGCCCGCCCAGUGGGAGGCGGCCCCGAGAGCCGACCGCACAGCACAUCAAGAGCCGCCGCGCAAAGCCGCGACGCCAAGACGGAGGCCAGGCGGGCGGUACAGCCACGAGACCUAACGCGGCGACGUUGCCACUACGUACGAUACGUAUGUGCGCUGGCCGCGGUCGAAGUGGAGGACCAGCGGCAUGAUGGAAUUGGAGGCGACGAGGAUGGAACCGGUUGCGGCUAUGUCCAGGUCUGUGCAAAGUGUCGUUUCGGCCCUCCUUUUUGCCUUUUUUUUCCUGUACUUCGUACAGAUUUUGUUUUUCACCUCUUCUCUUCACUUUCUGCUGCGCGAGGAGUUGACAAGCACGUCUCUCGGACGGGUUCGGGGCCUGACCGAUAUCCUGUCCUCAUAUGUCGGCGGCCCCGUGGCAUUCCUACGAUGGUGUGCUAUGCUCGUUUGCAGGUAGCCAGCUACGAUGGCAACGGCAACGACAGGGGCAGGUAACGAGUAAGUCACUGCCAAGAGAAGCCCAUGCUUGGUUGUGUCGUUGAAAUAUAUAAAAGCCGACGACAUUCCCGCCGACUCGACAACAUGUCUCCAGUAUACGUUCAUCUAAGAUACACUCAACACAAGAGCCAAGACCUGGACAGCCUAGACGCAUUCUCCUCGCGCCACUUUUGUAACACGUCGAGUCGCAUACACACAGACACACACGCACACAUACACAGACAUAUACAUCUCUAGCCCAACAUGGUCGCCCCAAAGCUCAGCAACUCCCUCGCCGUGACGCUCAUGCUCCUCAGCGCCGUCACCGCGGAGCAGGGCAACAACGUCCGCGACACACCCGCCACCUUGACCUCGGUGGCGGCCAAGAGCUCGCCCUCGCCCACCGCCUUCAUCGCAGGUGGAAGACUAGGCCCGGUCGGCCGCACUUUUGACGCUAGGGACGGCGCUCCGGGCGCCGCCGGUGGUCAGGGCAGCAAUGGCGCCCCCGGCGGCGCUGGUGGCAACGGCAGCGACGGCGCCCCUGGCGGUACCGGCGGCAAAGAUGGCCAGCCCGGCGCCCCUGGUGGUACCGGCGGCAAGGAUGGCCAGCCCGGCGCCCCUGGCGGUACCGGCGGCAAGGAUGGCAACCCAGGCGCCCCUGGCGGUACAGGUGGUCAGGAUGGCCAGCCCGGCGCCCCGGCCAGCACUUCCGUCUCCAAGAGCGGAAACGACGGUGCCCCUGGCUCCCCCGGUGCCCCGGCCAGCACUUCCGUCUCCAAGAGCGGAAACGACGGUGCCCCGGCUAGCACCACCGUCUCCAAGGGCGGAAACGCCGGCGCCCCCGGUGCUCCCGCUACCACCUCCUCCGGCUCCAAGGAUGGAGCCCCCGGCGCCCCGGGCGGCAGCCCCACGUCUUCCAGCCCGGCGGCCAGCUCUACCGCUCCCGUCGUGAGCGCGGGCAAUAAGGGUGCCGCCGCCGGCGUCGACUCGGCCCUCAUCACCGUCGCGCUCGCCGCCGGCGUCGCUAUCUUCGGCGUUGCCAUGUCCUAA